ACCCGUUGCCAUCCCCGCAGUCUCUCUGUCCCCACUCUCUCUCUACAUUUUCCCGCAAGUUUCUCUCUCUACAUUUUCUCACCAGAAAGCUUCUUCGCGCACUCUCUCUCUCUACCAUCGCUCAUGGCCUUCGCUUCUCUUUUCCACCGCCACCUCCCCCGCCACCUCUCUCUCCUCUCUAAACCCCACCUCCGAUACUCUGCAACUUCCUCUCUCUCUUCAUCCUCGUCCUCCUCCAAGAAGGUCUCUGAUCGCAUAGUCAAGCUCGUCGCCAUUGAUCUCGAUGGCAGAAGGAGAGAUGUCAUCGGCCUCACAGGCCACACCCUCUUGAAAGCCCUAACCAACGCAGGCCUCAUUGAUCCCGAAUCCCACAGGCUCGAAGAUAUCGACGCGUGCUCGGCUGAAUGCGAGGUCAACAUCGCUCAAGAAUGGCUCGAUAAGCUCCCUCCUCCUUCAUACGAAGAAGAAUACAUUCUGAAAACGAAUGCUUUGAGGGGUGUCGCGAGCAAGCAUUCAAGGCUCGGGUGUCAGGUUGUUCUCUCUCCAGAGCUUCAAGGUAUGGUGGUCGCGAUCCCCGAGCCCAAACCGUGGGAUAUCCCUUAAUGGGGUUUUCAAUUUGGGGAGUUGAGAGAGAAAUACGUCUGCUUUUUGGUUGUUGAAUUGGUGGAGGAUUUGGGUUGAUGGGAACUUUGUUGGAUAAGAAUUUAUGUAAUUUCUAAUCUCUCUAAAUCUCUCUUUCUCUCUCUUCUUGAAUGGGUCGACUUCCCUUGGCUUCAAAUUGGGAGACCAUUUCCUUCUUUCUGUCUCUUCUAUUUUGGUGGAGGGAUUGUUAAGGAGUUUAGUUUGGUGUUUGGCUGAACAGGAACUUGAUACCAGGCAACUGUGACCAACUGUGAAAAAUAAAUUGCGAUUCUCUUAUUUGCUUUAAUCAUCUUUGUUUUUAUA